AUGAAUUUUGACGCUGUAAAUAAGCUGAGUAUAGCAUUUGCUGUCAUGGUGUUCUGUAUUUUCGCUUUGACCUCUUUCUUGGUUGCUUCAAGCUUAUUUUACGCCGUCUACAAGGAAAGGAAGCUACGCAUACCUUCGGCCAUGCUGGUGUUGAACCUGUGUGCUGCAGGACUUCUUGUAGGAGUUGUAUCAGGGUCUUUUACAUUGCUGGCCGACGUACUGCAGUUAAGCUCUUGCGAGUCUUCGCAAUUCAGUUACUUGAAAAGUUACGUUGAAGCAUUUUCCAUGAGUAUAUAUUUUCAGGCCUUGUUCAUUAUUGCCGUUAUGAGAUAUGGCCUGGCUCUGUGCGGAGAAAAACUUUGUCGCGUUUCCAUGAAGCAAAUCGGAGUUUUCAUCAGUUUAACGUGGAUCAUUUCUUUAGUUUAUGCAGCGCUUGUGUCAUUUUACGAACAGCAAGAACGUAUCAAUUUCGCCGCAUACCCACGGGGAGUAGCUGCAGCACAAUUUACAUUUCUCGGUCUCAUGCAUUUUGGAGCAAUGUUUAUUUACGGAAACUUGGUCAUUUAUUUUCACCAAAAGAAGGACAAUUUACCACCAGAUUUUUACAGCAUCGACUCUAGCAGCCGACGAAUCGCGCAAAGGAAUAUUCGCGUAUCGAUUAAGAAUAUUCAAAUGACUGCUCUACUCGUGGGUACGUUAAGCGCAUGUCAUUUACCGAAUCUCGUCGUUCUGGUUACGGCCAUGUUGACCGGUCAGCUGUCACACAAAGCAAAAGUAUUCACGGUCGCUUUGAUUCAUUGUGGAACUGUCAUUCAUUUCGUUCUUUACGGAUAUCUUAACAAGCGGUUUAAGCGGAUUAUUAGACCGAUGAAGCAUCGAUUUAUUGACAGAGUGACAAACAGGAAAAGGAGGAGAAAGAUCAACGAGUUUCUUCCACCCAGUUACCUUUCAACUUCUUCCGGUGGAAUUAGUUUCAACAACUCGCGAGACAAUUCAGAGCUGACACGAAGUAAACUUGCUUUUUUAUAUCGAUGA